AGUUAAAGGAAGUCUCGCGAUUUUUCUGUUUCUUUCUUUGCUCUUUAUUUAUUUAUUUAUUGUUUGCUUAGCUACUGACAACACGCCAGUUGCUCCCCUUCUUUCCAAGUAAAAGUGGCCUGGCCUGAGAUUAGGGUGAGACCCCAGCCCUAGGCUGGGGUUCCUUCCAGAUAGAAGAGACGGAUUCGGAGGGGCUACAGACCAAGAUUAUAGAAAACCAGACAUAUGAUGAGCGUCUAGAGAUUAACGACUCGGAAGAGGUUGCAAGUAUUUAUACUCCUCCCUCAAGACACAAAGGACUUCCUCAUUCUGCCCAUCUUCCUAACAAGACUAUGGCUGAUAACAGUAGUGAUGAGUGUGAAGAGGAAAAUAACAAGGAGAAGAAGAAGACCUCGCAGCUGACACCUCAGCGGGGCUUUAGUGAAAACGAUGAUGACGACGAUGAUGACUCAUCUGAAACCGAUUCUGAUGAUGAUGAAGAAGAGCACCGGGCCCCCCUGGAAGGGGCCUACGAUCCUGCAGAUUAUGAGCAUUUGCCAGUUUCUGCUGAGAUUAAGGAACUCUUCCAAUACAUCAGUAGGUAUACACCUCAGUUGAUUGACCUGGACCACAAACUGAAACCUUUCAUUCCUGAUUUUAUCCCAGCUGUCGGGGAUAUUGAUGCAUUCUUAAAGGUUCCACGUCCUGAUGGAAAGCCUGACAACCUCGGCCUGUUGGUAUUAGACGAGCCUUCUACAAAGCAGUCAGACCCUACGGUGCUCUCCCUUUGGUUAACAGAGAAUUCCAAACAGCACAACGUCACACAACAUAUGAAAGUCAAGAGUCUGGAAGAUGCAGAAAAGAAUCCCAAAGCCAUUGACACAUGGAUCGAGAGCAUUUCUGAGUUACACCGUUCCAAGGCCCCUGCCACUGUGCACUACACCAGGCCUAUGCCAGAUAUUGACACAUUGAUGCAGGAAUGGUCUCCAGAGUUUGAAGAACUUUUGGGGAAGGUGAGCCUGCCCACAGCGGAGAUUGACUGCAGCCUGGAAGGGUACAUUGACAUGAUCUGUGCCAUCCUAGACAUCCCUAUCUACAAGAGUCGGAUUCAGUCCCUCCAUCUGCUCUUUUCCCUCUACUCAGAAUUCAAGAACUCACAGCAUUUUAAAGCACUAGCUGAAGGCAAGAAAGCAUUCACCCCUCCAUCCAAUUCCACCUCCCAAGCCGGAGAUGCAGAGACAUUAACCUUCAGCUGAGGUACCCCCCGUGUGGCUCUGUUUCAAGGCUGAGCCGACUCCUCUGCCCCAUCUGAGAAGGAGGGAUCGUUGUCAGCCACCUGGCAGCCUUGCCUGCCUCACAGCUCGACUUGGGCACGGUGCACACACUACACCCUCUCUGCCGGAAAGCACUGCACAUGAUCGUGCAGUGGGCACUGCUAAUGCCCAUCUCAGAUUUCCUUCCCAUGGGAAUUGUGCGUGUACACCACUGUGAUACAUGGGUUUAAGUUGGAAGGAUGGAAAUUUCUGGGAUCCCAAGUUGCUCGGGUUGGGAGGAAGGCUUAAAAGAUGUUCUUUUUGAGAUAGCCGUAGAAUUGUUUUCUUUGAUUUAUUAAAAUUAAUCGGCAAAUAUUUUACAAAUAAAUUGCUCUUAUCUUGCAGGUUA